CUCUAUAUGGGAGUUUUGAGUUUCUUAAAGGGACUUUCUUGGUAUUUUGGGCUCUGUACAGGGAAUUCUUCGGGUCCUCAUAGGGAAUUUUGUGGUUCCUACUGAAAAUUUUUUUUUAGUUCAAACAUGUGAAUUUUUAGGUCUCUAUUGAGAAUUUUUGCAAUGUGGGGGGCCUCAAAUGGAAUUUUGGAGGAUCCCAGAGGGAGUUUUUGGCGUCUGUAUACAGAAACAUGGAUGAAUGGAAACAAGAAAUGGAGUGGUCUCAGAGGGUCCCGGCCAUGGCGAUGCAGGAGCCCCGCCCCAACCACACCAUCGACACCAACAACCUCAACGAGGAGAUCAACAAGGACGGUUUUGGACAUUUUGGGCUGGCGCAGUCUCCGCAUGCGGGGCCAGGCCUUCGUCAUGCUCAGGGAGAUGAGCAGCGCCAGCAACGGCCUGCGCUCCAUGCAGGGCUUCCCCUUCUACGGCAAACCCACGCUGUCGGAGAACCCCCCGAACCACAUCCUGUUCCUGACCAAGCUCCCCAAGGAGAGCAAGGAGCUGAUGCUGUCCAUGCUCUUCCAGCAGUGAGAGCCGGGAAUCGGGAAUUCAGGAAUUCCGGGAGCUGCGGGAGCUCAGAGUGGGGAGGGGGAGGAAUUUUGGGGGAAAUAUCAGGAUUUUGGGAGAGAAAUUCAGGAUUUUGGGGUGGUUUCUGGAUUUUUGGAGGAAUGUUUCUGGAUUGGGGGGUGGGGGAAUUUCUGGAUUUUUGGGCAACAUUCCUGAAUUUUUGGGGGAACAUUCCCAGGUUUUUUGGAGGAACAUUCCCUGAACUUUUGGGGGGAACAUUGCUGGGUUUUUAGGGGGAAUGUUUUAAAUUUUUGAGGGAACACUUCUGAAUUUCUGAGGGAACAUUCCCAGGUUUUGGGGGACCAUUCCCAGAUUUUUGGGGGACAUUGCCAGGCUUUUUGGGGACCAUUCCUAGGUUUUUGGGGGAACAUUCCUGGUUUUUUGAGGGAACAUUUCUCAAUUUUUGGGAACUUUUCUAAAUUUAUCAGGGAACAUUCCUGCAUUUUUUGGGGGCCAUUCCCAGGUGUUUUGGGGUACCAUUCCUGAAUUUUUUGGGAGACAUUGCCAGAUUUUUGAGGGAUCAUUUCUGAAUUUUUGAGGGAACAUUCCUGAAUUUUUUGAGGGCCAUUCCCACGUGUUUUGGGGUACCAUUCCUGUUUUUUUGGGGGAACAUUUCUAAAUUUUUGAGGGAACAUUCCUGAAUUUUUUCAGGAAUUCCCCAAGUCCUUUGGGGACCAUUCACUGGUUUUUGUGGGACCAUUCCCAGAUAUUUUGGGGGCCAUUCCUGAACUUAUGGGGUACCAUAUCUGGGUUUUUUGGGGUACCAUUCCCAGGUUUUUGGAGACCAUUCCAGGUUUUUGGGGUACUAUUCCUGAAUUUUUAUGGUGCCAUACCUGGGUUUCUUGUGCAACCAUUCCCAGGUGUUUUUGGGGUACCAUUCCCAUGUUUUUGGGGAC